AUGAACUCGUAUCACGUUUUGGAGCUGGUGGGAGAGGGCUCGUUUGGCCGAGUUCACAAGGGAAGGAAAAGAUUCACCGGCCAGGUUGUGGCUUUAAAGUUCAUGCCAAAGCUUGGCCGGUCUGAAAAGGAGCUACGAAGUCUCAAGAGGGAAAUUGACAUCAUGAGGGAUCUUCAACACCCGAAUAUUGUGCAGCUCUUUGACAGCUUUGAGACUGAAACUGAGGUUGUGGUUGUAACUGAGUAUGCAGAGGGGCAGCUGUUCCAGAUUCUUGAGGAUGAUGGGAGCUUGCCAGAGAGCCAGGUCCGUGAGAUCGCCUGCCAGCUGGUCUCAGCUCUGUAUUAUUUACACUCCCACCGCAUUCUUCAUCGUGACAUGAAACCACAAAAUAUCCUGCUGGGAAAAAGUGGUGUGGUGAAGCUGUGUGACUUUGGGUUUGCCAGAGCCAUGAGUGUCUCCACCUUGGUGCUGACCUCUAUCAAGGGAACACCACUGUACAUGUCUCCUGAGCUGGUGGAAGAAAAGCCGUAUGAUCACACUGCUGAUCUGUGGUCUCUGGGCUGCAUCCUUUAUGAACUCCACACGGGGGCGCCGCCGUUCUACACCAACUCCAUCUUCCACCUGGUGCAGCUCAUUGUUAGGGACCCAGUCAAAUGGCCCGAGACUAUGAGCGACACCUGCACGAGUUUCUUAAAAGGUUUGUUGACCAAAGAUCCUCAGAAACGCUUGUCGUGGCCAGACCUUCUUCACCAUCCCUUCGUUGCAGAUGGUGUUCUAGUGCUGUCAGACACAAGUCUUUUCAGCCCUCUGACAGUCACACCCAGCCCAGACGUGCUGGCGCAAAAACUCAAGCAAGUGGCAGAAAAGUCCGCGUUGACUUCUGAAGGGAGCAGAUUACUGCGAAGGGCCAGGGAACAGAGGGAGAACGGUAACCAAAGGAAACCUUCAGGCACUGACGCUACCAAAAAGAAGGAUGGAGCGGGGAAUGAAAGGGUCACCUCUACGACUGCAGCAGCGUCCCCUAGAGUGAGAACCCCCAGCAGCAUUUCAAAGCCCUCCUCCAGUCAUGUCUCUGUUAUGUCAGGUCCAAUGAACGCCAGCCACAGCCUGAACCGAAAGAUUCAAGCAUGCUCAACCCCAAAACACAGGAGUCAAAUCAGUAUAGACUACGAACAGGAAUUCCCAUCUGUGGAGGUGCGGAGAUGCAAUAAGGAUGAUGAUGACAGUCAGGAGUUUUGGCAGAAUCUGGUCCAACAAUCAGAUCCAAGCAGUCAGCAGAAAGAACAGUUAAACUAUAGCGUCAUUAUACCUCAACUUAAAUCCAAGAUCCUGGAAUUUAAAGCUCAGCUAACAGAUGGCACUGUCAAAGAAAUGCAGCAGAUUCACCAACCACUGAAGCUCCUGCAUAAUCUCAUACUGAUGCCUGACCUCGAGAAGUCGUACAACAUCACCCGUGAACUCGGACUACCCCGUGUCCUCUUUGACCUGAUACACGAUACUGUAGAAAACUCAGAUUUAAUCAAGCAACAGUGCACCGUGCCUGCCCUUGGAGAAAUGAUUACAGUGCUCAUGACCUACUGGGAGAAGCACUGUGACUGGGUGGAAGAGGAACACAGACUGAAAGAGUUCACCAAGCCCUUCAACACAAUCCUUAGUCAACCAAAUCUCAAUCCGUUGGCACCUCUGGCUGCCUCAGUUUUAUCUCUCUUCACACAACAUGAUGUUGAUGUUGAAGUUGAUAUGAAGAAUCUGACUUCCGUGCUGAAAAAUCUGGUCUUGGAGCCAUUUGAGCCUCAGGUUUCCCUCCCCUCUGGUUGGGGACUCUGUGAUGGCCUCUUUUCUUUGCUGCUCUACGCACUCUCAGAGCAUGAAAACAGCCCUAUGUCUUCCAGUUUGAAUCCAGUUAUGUUUCAGGAUCUGUGGAAAGAGAUCGGUACUUCAUUAGCAAAUACAACUCCAGAUCUUGACUUUUGUUCACGAAAUGGGCUGCAUUCCUUUCUGUCCGCUGUGCUGUUUGUCGUCACCAAGGAUCCAUCCUCAUGCAUUCCUCUGUUUUCUGAGAAUGGAUCUACAUGUGUGUACACUCUUGGCCUGCUGCUGGGCACUGACUGUCUUCAUUUGUUUGCCAAAGGCCAUCCUGGGAGACCCGAGGAGGAUCUGAGUCACUACAGCUUAUCUGCAUUGAGCUGCCACUUGUUAUGUUUUCCGUUUGCUCUGGACCUGCCUUCACACACCAUGUCCACAAUUCUCCAGCUGUACGACAGCUGUGGUAUUGUUGCAAACCUCCUGCAGGUAAUUCAAACUCUUCCCCCUCCGCUGCUAGAGCUGCCUCUCUCCCUGCUGAGCCGGUUGCUCCUGUGUGAUCCGCAGCGCUCUGUUGUGCACCUCAGAAAAGCUGCUUCUGGCUUUUUCUCAGCACCACAGGACGGCCAGCUCGCAGCCGCCGGGCAUCACACUCCUCUGACCAGAACUGCCAGCGCUCUGCUCUCUGAGUUGCUGCAGCCAGAUGAGCUGUGGGACUCCGCUGUGGAGCUCCUAACUCUGCUGUCCCAAGUCGCCCGUUGUUCCCCUUCGCCUGCCUGCCUUCAGCUUUAUGUGGAAGCGUCGGUGCUGCAGCAAGCACUGACUCACUCUAAUGACCAGAUCAGGGCAGCUACAUGCAGACUUUUGGGAAAUUUGCACCCAUUCAGGCCUCUAACACCAGAAACCCUGCAACUUAACAUUUUCAAAGGCAUGAUAGACUGUCUUCGUGAUUCCUUCAUGCCUGUCCGGCGGAUGGCUUGCAUGGCGGUCGGGAACUGGUUGGGUUAUAUUGCAGAAGGGUUUAAAGUGAGCAGGCCUGAUGAACACUGCAGUGACACUACAGGGUGGCGCAAAGAGAAGGAACCGAAUAAACCCAGGUGUUUAGAUAUUGAGGAAGCGUGUGAUUUGGAAACAGUAACAGAGCAGACAGUUGACUAUGAGGAGGCGAGGGAGUGGACAGAGGCAGCCAGGAGGACGGCGGCCGUCCUGGCAGAUCUGAUCACUGACCCCGACGCCACUACGCGUCGUCACUGUUGUGCAGCCCUGGGAAACCUGUUAAACGUCGACGGCGCUGUAUCCUUGUUGCUGAAGGAAGACGUGCCGGGCGUACUUCUGAGAGCCGCAUGCACUGAUUCCCACAAUGCAGUGAGACAAGCUGCCAUAUCGACUCUGAGGCUGUACAGCCAGCAGGACGCACUGGGACAGGUCCUGAUGUCUUUAGAUGCCAGUCACAAACUUCUUCAGGCUUCACAUCAGGCACCUGCACAAUGUGACUAUCAUCAGCUCAUUGAACAGCUGCAAGUGAGUCCAGUUCAGCAGAAGUGAAAGCACAUUCAAAGGUUUUCCUUCCUUACUUUAUAGUACUUUUUCUUGAAUUUAAGAAAAAAGUGUUAAAGAACUACACAGUCAUACUCUCUUUAUUGUUUUCAGAAUAAUAAAUAAUAAGAAUAACGCAUCAAUUUUUACUGUUAUAAUUUGGUAAGGAAAAAAAAUCAGGGGCAAUCGAAGUUCCAUACAAACGACUGUAUUUUCUCUUUUUUUUUUAUCAGUUAGGAUUUUUAUUUAUUACAUUUCUUACUCUUAAUAUUAUUAAAUAGUCGCUACAAGGGCGAUACAUGGGUAGAUGAGUUCACUUUAUAUUGGAAAUAUUUUAGUUUUGAUACAUUUUGGUUGCUUUUUACGCACGUGUAGAUUUUUCGGAGAGCGUUUUUCCUUAUCCGAUACCGGCCAUGUGAGGAUAGCGGCAUAUUGUACAGAAUUUAGUCAUUUGGGGUAAAGUUGCGAUUUUGGCCUGUAUUUUUUUCUUCUUCUUUUUUUUUUAAAUCGACUUGAUUUAUUGAACUGUCGGGCCACAGCGGGAGGCAAAAGGGGGCAUUUUAGGAAGAUCGGACGUCAAAUCGAAGAGUUAAUUCCUUCUUUAAUUGUUUGUAAUUGCAUUUUUAGCCUAAUGUCGGCACUGAUAAUAUUAUUAAAAGUUGUCAGUCCUCUC